GGAUAUAUAAAAAAACCAGUAGGUUAUGGUGGCGCUGUUUUUUGUAUUUCAACGAGAGCCCAAACGUUCACAUCCUCAUCAUCGACUCUCGUCAUUGGGCGGUUCUGAAUAAACUGGACCACUUGGCAGUGCUGGAAUCAACUCCCCUCAAUGCGGUCAUUUUUUUCUGACGAUUAACAUCUGGAAUACAUUUGCUAAAACGUAUUCUGGACUAUUUUACGCCGAAAUCGGACCGGACAAACGCACACUGGGACAAAGUGCAGUGAGCCCACGAGAGAACAAUGAAGUGCGUCGGAGUGAUGCAGCCACGGCAAAGGUACGCGCUGUUCGUCAUUGUUAUUCUUCUCUCUUUCGUUACUCAAAUAUCCACCUCCGUGACCCAUUAUUCCAUACCUGAGGAAAUGAAGGAGGGAUCCGUUGUUGCUAACCUUGCCACCGACCUGGGAUUGGAUGUCAAAACACUGAAUCGGCGGAAGAUGCGUUUGGACAUUAUUUCAAACAAAAAAUAUCUGGACGUCAACAAAGACACCGGGGAGCUGUAUAUCGUUGAGAAGAUAGAUAGGGAACAUGUUUGCACGACAAAGUCGUCGGCCUCUUGUUAUCUGAGACUUGAGGUGAUCCUGGAGAACCCGUUAAGAAUUUUUAACAUUGAGGUCGAAAUAAUGGAUAUGAACGACAACGCCCCUCAAUUUCGGAGAGGCGCCUUUCAUUUGGAUGUGUCCGAGUCGACACCGAAAGGGGAGCGAUUCUCUCUGAGCAAUGCAGUCGAUCCAGAUGUAGGCAGCAAUACAGUGAAAACAUAUCAUCUGAGUGAAAGUGAACAUUUUAACAUUGAGGUUCAGACGGGGAGGGAGGGAACAAAACUCGCAGAUUUGAUAUUGAAUAAGGUUUUAGACCGAGAGGAGCAGGCUGUGCACAAUUUAAUAUUAACGGCAGUAGAUGGCGGUACACCUCCGCGUUCUGGCACAGCGAGUAUUAUUGUUCAUGUUUUAGACAAUAAUGAUAACGCCCCUGUCUUUGAUAACACUAUUUACAGUGUUAAAAUUAUGGAAAAUUCCCCCAUUGGAAGCCUUGUUGUUGAUUUAAAUGCUACUGAUUUGGAUGAGGGCUCAAAUUCUGAUUUAACAUACUCAUAUAGUUUAUAUACACCAGAGAAAGCACAAGAAACGUUUAAUUUAAAUCCAUCUACUGGUGAGAUUACUGUGAAAGGAAUGUUGAACUAUGAGGAUUUUAGGAUUUAUGAUAUGGAAGUUAUAGCAGCAGACAGAGGUGUCAAUAGUUUAUCAGGACAAUGUACGGUCAAAAUUCAAAUCGAGGACAUGAAUGACAACCACCCAGAAAUAUCCAUUAAAUCUUUUCAAAGUCCAGUCAGCGAAAACAUUGAUGUCGACACUGUGAUAGCAGUGGUCAGUGUGAGUGACAAGGACUCAGGCAAUAAUGGAGUGGUGGAUCUUCGCAUUCCAAAUAACAUGCCUUUUAAACUGACAGAGUCGCCCGAUAACUUUUAUAAAUUAGUUGUUUCGGAGCCAUUAGACCGUGAGAAGGUUCCAGAAUACGACAUCACCUUCACCGUCACCGACAGAGGCUCCCCUCCUUUAAGUGACAACGAAACCAUGACUUUGCAGCUGCUGGAUGUGAAUGACAACGUCCCACACUUCCCUCAGUCCUUUUAUACCAUACGUGUGAUGGAGAAUAACGCCCCUGGCGCCUUGCUGAGCUCCCUCAGUGCGUUUGACCCCGACCUCCAUGAGAACCAGUACCUAGUGUACUUCAUCCUGGAGAAGGAGAUAGCCAACACCUCCAUGUCCAUGCUCUUCUCCAUCAAUCCAGAGAACGGCAACCUUUACGCACUCAAGACUUUUGACUAUGAGAUGGAGAAGGACUUCCUCUUCCACAUCGAGGCCAGAGACUCUGGCUCUCCUCCGCUCAGCAGCAACGUGACCGUCCACAUCAUCAUCGUGGAUCAGAAUGACAACGCCCCAGUUAUCGUCUCUCCGUGGCGAGCGCACGGCUCUGUGGUGGAAGAGAAGAUCCCCAGAUCCACAGAUAAAGGCUCCCUGGUGGCCAAAGUGAUAGCCUUGGACGUGGAUUCCGUGCACAACUCUCGCGUCACCUACCAGUUCCUGCAGGUGACCGACGCCUCCUUGUUCAGUCUGGACCAGUACAACGGAGAGAUCCGAACCAUGAGGAUGUUCAGCUUCAAAGAUUCUCGUCACCAGAGACUGAUUGUUGUUGCCAAGGACAACGGGGAUCCCGCUCUCUCCGCUACAGUCACCAUCAAGCUGUCCACGGUGGAAACGGCCGUGAAGGCCUACUCGGACAUGACCGAGGUGCCUCUGGAAUACGACAUCUUCUCGGACCUCAACCUGUAUUUGGUCAUCGGUCUGGGCUCGGUGUCCUUCCUGCUGCUCAUCACCAUCCUGGUCACCAUCGUGCUCAAGUGUCAGAAGGUCAAGCCCAGCAAAGCGGCUCCUCCCUGCAGGAACAGCGUGAUCAGCGAGAGGAACUCCACCAUCGCAGAUUCCACUCUGGUGUCCAACGAUGCCUACUGGUACAGUCUGUUCCUAGCAGAGACCAGGAAAGGAAAGCUGGUGGUCAGGCAGCCCAUGCCGAAGGGCUCCAGAUACAUUGUGUCCAGUAUCCCCAGGAGCACAGGCAUGUCUGAAACUAGUGACUCAGCUCCUUCCACCUUGCAGGUAUGAAGAUGAGCGAAUGAAUCGCUAACUUGUCCUUUAUUUUAAACUAUGACUGACCCUUUAUUAUCCUCUACAAUUUUCAAAUAGCUUAGACCGAUAGAACCAUUUUUUUGCAUGGAAUAUGCACACGCUAGUAAGGUCACUGAUUCGACGUGAGCAAUUCAAUCAACAAACUUUACUCAUUAAAAUGCUAACAAUAUAACCACAUUUAGAGCAUCCAUGCCGGGUUACAGAAAAGAGAAAUCCACACUGCACAUACUGAAGAACAACGAAAUAUGCACGAUAUGACAAAGUUUGCUUUUGGGAAAAUAGUUGCAUAUUAAUCUUGAUAAAUGCCAAUACCUGAUGCAGUCUUGGUAGACCCUGCCCUCCCAAAUACAUGAUCAAAAAAGAAAACCAAUUGCAUAGUGCAUUCUAUAAUACUACUCAAGUUAUGAAUUCCUUUUGGGUGGAAAUUAAACAAAUAAACUUCCAAUAGGAUCAGCGGUUCGGAUCACGGAUGAGUGGAUAAAAUACCCAGUUAUUCUAAAGAAACAAUGACAAUCAAUCAUAAAACCUCUCCGAAAUAAUGAAAAUACAUUACUUGGGUGUCUUCAUAUUACACAAACAAAGCACUCACACAAGAUGUGUUCAGUUGAGAACCAAAGUUAUGAUCGCUUCUUGAGUUUUUUUACCCUGCUUGUGCACAGGGACACAUGCCUCCUGUAACCCAAGCUGCCCAGGGAACUAAAUCUGACAACAAACAAAGAUCCCCACACAAUAGAACAACGACUUGCUGUUAAAAGUUGCAUUUCUUUUGACCUUAUUGUUGAGUGUCUCAAUGUCACUUCACUGCAUUUGAGGGUUACCUGACUCUCUGUUAUCUAAAGUCACGAACUAAUCUGUCAUUAAUUCCACACAUUGGUAGAAUACUUUUUUAACAUUUGUAUUUGUAAUUCAGUGUCUGAUAAUUAUUUUUGACGUUGAGUUUACUCUUGGAUUGACUUGGGUACAAAAUCUGAGGGAAAGAGUUAUGGCAUAUAGAACGUUUAUUCUUUCAUUUUGUGGAAUAGAAUGAUCACUGAUAAGUGUUUUGUUUUCGAAAUUCACGUCUUCGUGACCACGGUCCGUAUUUUUCCACGUUUUUGCUCUCUAACUUCUGCUGCAGAUUUAGUUGCAGAUGCAGAUUGGGUAAUCACAACCCUCACGAUCUGUCCGGCGGCACACGCCCCCAGAAACGGGUUUCCCCCGGGUCCUAAAACGAAUUAAGUUGAGGGAAAGGAGAGGAUUUAUUUUGGCUCUCCACUUUUGUAAAACACAUUGCGUACGCAUCUCGUUGAAUAAAGUUCUCCACUAUUCAAAGCAAAACAAAAUGCACAAAACGAGGGAUUCGAUCUUUUGAGUUGAUACAAUUCGUGUAAUUGGAUUUGAUACUCAAAAAUAUGUUGGAGG